CAUGUUGCGUUUAUAAAAUGUAUUCGCCGGUCCUGUAAUUUUAACUAAAUGCAAGGUGUAUAUUUAUCAAAUUUAGUGGAAAAUUAGACUUAUUAUGUAAUGUGCGUUUAUCACAAUGUAAAGUAUUUUUUGAAUCGGUAAAAACAAAAACAGAAGGUAGGAACUUUGUUUAUUAUCUGUUUGGCGAGGACGACUGGAAUUCAUCGUAGGACCUAAAUAGUUACAGAUGGCGUGAAAGAACGUAUUUAUGAAUAACCGUAAUAAGAGCCGCUACAGAAUAUACUAACACAACAUAGCCAAUUUAAAAGGAAGACAAGACAAGCGUCGUAUCUUUUUGUUAGGUCUUUUAAAACUGCUACUAUGGAGGCUCUGCAGAGGAGAAUGAUUGAGGAGGACAUGGUCCAGUACAAGCUCUUCUUGAUCCAGCCAAGCAGCUCUUCUUCACAGAAGACUGAGGAACGUCUGACACAUCUAGUAGAGGAGAUUUUGGCAAAGGUUGCCCCUCUUCUGAUACAGUACAUCUGGCAGCAUCAGCCAUUCAACCUCAAGUAUCACCCUGAGAAAGGUGGCAUUCCUGCUCACAUUGGUGGAAGCACUCAGUUUGGAGACAAUGUUGAGGACGAGUGGUUUAUCGUUUAUCUCCUGCUGCAAAUCACAGAGGCUUUCCCUGAGCUUGCAGCAAGAGUUGAGGAUAAUGAUGGGGAGUUUCUCCUGAUUGAAGCAGCAGAUUACCUUCCUAAGUGGCUGAAUCCAGACACAAGUGAAAACAGGGUCUUCCUAUACAAGGGAGAGUUGCAUAUCCUUCCCUGCCCCUCCAAAUCCACUUCAGUGGGCUUUUCAAAAGAUGUGGUACCCAGUGUGGCACAAGCUCUGGAGCUACUUUACACCCACCCAGAAGUCUGUCGGGCAAGCUCCAAGAUUUCUUUAGCACUGAAGAAGAGACUAGAGGGGUAUCCAGGGAAGAUUAAAUCUGGCCUCCACCGUGCCCACUGCUUCAUACCUGCAGGUAUUGCCACUGUGUUGGCACAGCGACCAGACCUCAUUGCACCUGCAGUUUCAGCAUUCUACCUGCGGGAUCCAGUAGAUUUGCAGGCGUGUCGAACCUUCAAGACGUUUCCUCCUGAUACACGAGUCCUCACUUUGGUGACGUUCACCCGGUGCCUGUAUGCCCAGCUCCAGCAGCAACAGUUCACCCCAGACCGGAGGAGUGGUUUCACCUUACCUUCUCGUUCUCAUUCCCAAUACAAGGCUCAUGAGCUUGGCAUGAAGCUGGCCCACGGCUUUGAGAUCCUGUGCUCUAGGUGCAGACUGCCUUCAUCAGAGCCUAAUGCCCCUGUCAGUUGUAACCCACAGUGGAAAGGCUUUAUGGAGAGUUUGAAUAGGAAUGGCUACUUCCAUGGAGAACUGGAAGGUUCAGCACGUUACAGAGAACUUACAAGAUCAGCAGAAAACUUCUUCAAACAGUCAGUUGCAUCAAAAUCAAGUGCUUUGUCCCCAGGUGAGGAGGUUCUCCAGCUGCUGCACAGCUGCGAACCAUUCAACUUGGAGGAGAUGAAGAAAAAUGAGUCACAGCUCCCCCAAGAGGACAGUGAUAGCUGGCUGGAUAUCACAGCUCAGGAUUUGGAGCGGCUGUUGCAGGAGAGAAGUGGGGGUAGAGCUGAUGUUGGCAGCCAAAACUCAAGUUCCACCAAACAGAAACAGCAUGUCGGUGAUGCAGAGGAGAGGGGAAAGGAGACAGAGGACAACAUAGAGGAAGAGGAAGCUGGUUACAGCCUGGUAGCUAUCAGUCAAGGGAUGAAGAACUUCCUCAAGGCCAUGUCUUCGCAUGAAGGCGCAGAACUGCCCUGGAGCAGUGCAACUCAGCCUUUUACUAUUGAUCCAGACUCAAUGGCCAACGCACUGGGAAGACUACUUGGAGGCAAAGACGAAGAGCUGGAUUCAGAUGAUCUCGAUGAUUCUGAUGACGAUAAUGAUGAUGAGGAGGAGGAGGUAGAAGAGAAAGAAGAUGGCUUCUGUGGUCAAGCAGCGAUGAAAGGAACAGAAACUCUGGACAGUCUCAAAAGAUACAUGGACCAAAUGGAUGAGGAGCUGAUGAAGACUAAUGUAGGACAAAGCUUCAAGCGAACGAAUUACAACAAGGAAGGAGCAAGCAGCGACUCCCCUCACCCUUCUGCCAGAGACGAUCUCCCAAGGGAUAACAAACUGGAGGAGAAAGAGGAGGAGAUCCAGCCCUUAGAUGUGGAUGUCAAUUUGGUCACAAACUUGUUGGAGUCCCUCAGCUGCCAGGCUGGGCUGGCAGGACCAGCUUCCAAUCUGCUGCAGAGCUUGGGCAUACAUCUACCACCCAACUCUGAUCCCGCAUAAAGGGCAGAAAGUAGAAUCGAAUAAUUUAUAUGUGUCAUUUGACCUAAUGAGAUGUGGGAAGUUAACAGCACAGGAAAGACCAGCAGCAAAUAAAUAAACACCAGACACAGUGUGCUUGUUGGAAACACUGAAAUUACUUGUAACAAAGAUGAAGUUAAUAUUAAAAAUACCUUAAAUUUAUCUGUUUGAAAUUACAGUUAACUGACAGAGAUUUUGCAGCAAAUGUGCAUUUAUAUCAGAUUAACUGUAAAUUUUUAAUACCUGUUGCUUUGUGUAAUUGUUGCAUGCACUUAUGGUGGUUUUUGUUCUACUACAAAAAAUAUUUUUCUAAAUAAAGACAUUUUUCAUUCUUAUUUUUUAUUAAAUUUGUCAGCAUAAUUCACAUUUUCUUAGCAUCUUCAAGUGUAAUUUUUAAAAAAUGCAUAUAAACAUUUUCCAGAAAGCUCAAGAAUGACUAGAAAACCAUUUGGCUUCUAAUCAAAACGUGAAAUACUCAGUUACAACAAAAAGAACAGCAGCACCAGAGUGAGCAUUCAGCUCUUUCCACAUGUAAACCCCCUUCUCAUCUGACAUCUCUGCAGUCAGAUUCAUUCAAGGGCAACUUUUGUCUGUCUCUGGUUAAGUAUUAAUUCAGUUAAGUAAGCGAAUUUAAAUAGUUAACAUCAUAAAACAAGUUAGCGAUCUGUGCCAACAUUCUGUCAUUGUCAUCCCUCUUCCUCUGAAAGCUAUCAGGGUCAUACGAGCACUACUUCUAGGAAUGUUCAGCACAUCCGCUGUUAAGAGCUCUCAGAAAUUAAUGCCAUAAAAUUGGAAAUGACUCACAUUUAUUUUGUUUGUUUAUUUGUACAUAAGAAAAAUGCGGCUUGUUGAUAGUUGCUUAAUACUUCAGCUUCAUGUCUGAAAGAAAAAUUGCAAUGUUUGACGCCUGACGCUUAACUGUUUCAUUAAUAAAUACCUAGCUUGUAAAUUAUUUCCUAUUAGUGUUACUGAUUUAGAAGGUGUGAGCAACAGCACUCAUGUUGCUCAUGCUGCAGAAAGAGACAAGUAGCUAGGGCAUGUAUUGUCUUUUAAUAACUAAUAUUAAAAGAAUAAGAUAAAAACUUGUGACGAGUUACACUUGUGAUGACA